CAGGCAGUAGCGGUUCGUCACGGUAUUGCUCGUGCACUCACUGAGGCACAUGAGCACGUGAAAACUGAUCUUAAAAAAGCAGGAUUCCUAAAACGUGAUCCACGCUCUAAAGAACGCCGUAAAUUCGGAUUCCGCAAGGCUCGUAAACGACCACAGUGGUCUAAACAUACAGUAUCAGAGGGUACACAGGAUGAAGUACAAUUCGAGGAACUCGACUGGGUAGGUGAUGAGAAAAAGGACAAGGAAAAACUCCGUGACCUGCGUGCACAGUUAAAACAGUCUCAAUUAGAAUCCAGAGAACAUCUCACAGCGCUCCAGCGAUCUCGUGCUGAUUACGUGAACCUCCAGCGUGAACUCAGU